AUGAUGGUCUCCAGUUUUGGCUCUCGUCUUUGGCGUGUCUCUGCUCUAGUCUUCUUAGCAGCUUCAACUGUAUCUUCCACAUUGACUAUCGAUAAUAGCAGGGUAUUGACCAUCAAUGGCAUUGAGUACUACAGCGGCGAUGCAGUCUCCAGAAUAUCCCCCUCAGGUCCUAAGGCUGAACUCGGCGAUAUCGUUCCAAUGACUAUCAUUCGAACAGAUGAAGCUCUGCUCACUGCGAAUGCUAUCAAAGAGAUAAUCUCAAACUACUCGGCUGUCGACGAUGUGUUUCAGACUGCAUUUCUUAAAACGGUCUUUCUUGUCUACGAUGGAAAAGGCCGGGCCAAAGCCGACUCGUCCGUUUCCCAUGCUCUGCAGGAAUUUGGCAACACUCUGAUUAUGGCGACUCAUGGCUAUGCUGGGGCGCAUAUCACGCCUGCCAAACUCCCUGAUGACAUCCCGAAGGGACCGUACUUGUACUCGUCCCAUACCGGGGAGAUUUAUCAAGCGUUCCGCCUCUAUCCCGAUCACCAGUUAGCAUUCACAGAAGCUUCCCUUGGGGAUGGACAAGGAGGGUUUAGGCCCCUGCCCGCAGUAACAUCGGGCGCAAUGACGAAGGGCGUCGCUGUGCCAUCUAGACUAUACUAUACGCCAACAUCAACGAAGCCGCUUGCAGGUUUACGCGUGGGAGUAAAAGACAUCUUCGACUUGAAGGGACUACGAACUAGCGGUGGCAAUCGGGCCUAUUACGACUUAUAUCCUCCGCGAAAUACCACCGGCCCCGCCCUCCAAAGACUCAUAGAUGCAGGCACCAUUAUCGUGGGUAAAAUGGGCACCGUUCAAUUUGCAAACGGUGACAACCCCACAGCAGAUUGGGUCGACUUCCACUGUCCUUUCAAUCCUCGAGGCGAUGGCUACCAAGCCCCCGGUGGUUCCUCUUCUGGUCCUGGGGCUGGAGUCGCAUCCUACGACUGGCUGGACAUAGCCAUAGGAAGUGACACGGGUGGCUCUAUGCGCAGCCCGGCAGGAAUGCAAGGACUCUUCGGAAACCGCCCUUCGACUGGCGCUGUAUCGCUCGACAAUGUUCUGCCGCUUUGCCACGAGCUUGACACGGCUGGUGUCUUUGCCCGCAAUGCUGCGACCUGGUCCAAGGUCAUGCAUGCUUGGUACCAAAACUUCACUGACUACAGAGAAUAUCCGAAGAAGCUAUUCUACCAGCCAUCCUCUUUCCCUAGCAUCAAUACAACAUCCGGUGCGCUCCUGGAGGAACUUAUUCUGAAAGUGGAAGGUUUCCUCAAUGCGAAGAGAGAAUCUAUUGAUAUCGCUUCGCACUGGGAGAAAACGCACCCGUCAGAAACAACCAGUAUAGCCACCUUGCUCAGGACAACAUACGCUUCAUUGGUAUCUGUCGACCAAUACCGCUCUUUGGCUUUACCGUUCUAUGCAGACUACGCAGCAAAGCAUGGCGGUCGUCGACCAUUUGUGAACCCAGGUCCUUUGGCGCGGUGGUCCUGGGGUCAGAAGAAUGGCGGUGAUGCCAUAUACGACGAAGCUCUCAAAAACAAGACAAUUUUCAAAGACUGGUGGGAAACUGACGGAUACGGAAAGGCAGACGAGAAGACCUGCUCUGAGGGUAUCUAUCUGUACCCUUACACCACGGGCCAGACGCAAUAUCGGAAUGUAUACUUCGACGCCCCUUCUGGACCGCCAAUGGGCUUUUCAGAUGGCCGUAUUGCCGUUCUAUCCGGCACUCCUGAUCUGGUGGUGCCUGUGGGUGAAAUUCCCUAUUACUCUACCAUCUCUCUCCAGACUGAGUAUAUGCCGGUCACGAUGAGUUUUAUUGCAGCCCGGGGCUGUGAUUUGAUGCUGGUCAAUCUCGUUGAGGAUCUGGAGAAGGCGGGUAUUUUGAAGCCCGUGAGCACAGGGCCAAGAAUGUAUCCAGCGUGA